AGCUUCAUUCCUGAAGUCUUCACUCCGACACAAUCCGCCCCAACCAACCAUCCCAACCAUGCGUUUUCUCCGAAAUUGGGGCGCUCUCUUGUUGCCAUUGGCUUCUCUGUUUUCUCUUGCUCCAUGCUCUAGCGCAGAUUCUACUCUUGUCCAGCCGAAGGAGUUCACUCCUCCGCCUGUCUUUAAAAAUACAAAUCUUUUGCGGACCAUUGACAUUACAAAGCCUUAUGUCCGCGAGACUACCGCUAUGGUUAUUGACAAUAUCUCUAAGGAGCCUCAGACCGAGUAUUAUGUCCUUGUUCCGAAGGGAAUUAUAGAGAACAUUAGUUAUUUUGAGGCUAGGGGUGAAAGUGGGCCACAUGCUGUCAGCCCUACCGUGUUCAACCCCAAAAGUGAGACACAGUACUACAGGGUCCUCUUCAGCGCACCUCUUCCUGCUGGCAAGUCGGCAAAGCUGUGGAUUACUCUCGCUCAAACUGAUUGUCUUACACCUGUUCCCGCCCUUAUCGGCCAAACCGACAAGCAGUUUCUCCAGUGGACUGGCUCCCAGUACGCCGCUUCGGCAUACAUCACCGAGAAACAAAAGACAAAAAUCAAGUUUCCCAACAACGAAGUGCCAAAUUUUACCGUCCUGGAGAACAACGACGAGAACGAUGACCCGACUGGGGCAGGAAGUUGGUACACAUAUGGACCUUACAAGACUGUUAACCCGGACCAGAAGGGAGGAAAGGCUAUUACCCUCCGAUUUGAGUACACAAGCCCGGUAAUUAAAAUGAUCAGAAUGGAAAGGCACAUUGAGGUCAGCCAUUGGGGUGGUAAUAUUGCCUUUCAGGAACGCUACUGGAUGACUAACUUGGGGGCAAAACUCAAGGAUACUUUCUCCCGGGUGCAAUGGGCAUCAACCAGCUACUACAACCCCCCCACCAGCGCCAUUAAGCAAUUGACCUUCACUCUGAUCCCUGGAGCACAGGAUGCCUAUUUUACCGAUGAGAUUGGCAAUGUUUCCACGUCACGCUUCCGCAGCAACAUGCGUGAAGCUCACCUUGAGCUCAAGCCUCGUUACCCUGUCUUUGGGGGAUGGAACUACUCCUUUGUUGUAGGAUGGAACCACGACCUCAAAAACUUCUUGAGGGUCAGUCAGGAUGGAGAGAGAUAUAUCCUUAAGGUUCCUUUCUUAGAAGGCCCUAAGGAUAGUGUUACUUAUGACGAAAUGGAGAUCACCGUUGUCCUUCCCGAAGGCGCUAUUGAUGUUAAAUACUCUCCUCCUAUCCCUCUCAUUAGUGAAGAGGAAUACCUCCACCACACCUUUAUGGAUACCCUCGGCCGCACAGCCAUCAAAAUGAGGGCUGUCAACGUCGUAGAUGAGCAGCACAAGAAAGAACUGAUUGUAACCUAUCACUACCCAACCAUGGCACUCCAUAGAAAACCGUUCGCCAUCUUCACUGGCAUUCUUACCCUUUUCACUUUCUCAUGGCUUGUUAGCAAAAUUGAUCUUAGAAUUGGGAAGUAAAAAAAGGGGGGGUUUUGAUUUUGUAUAUAUGUAUCCUUUUUUUAUUUUAUUUUAUUUUAUUUUAUUUUAUUUUAUUUGAUGAGAA